AUGGCCCUGGAGCUCUACAUGGACCUGCUGUCAGCACCCUGCCGUGCCGUCUACAUCUUCUCGAAGAAGCAUGACAUCCGGUUCAACUUUCAGUUUGUGGAUCUGCUGAAAGGUCACCACCACAGCAAAGAAUACAUUGACAUCAACCCCCUCAGGAAGCUGCCCAGCCUCAAAGAUGGGAAAUUUAUCUUAACUGAAAGUGUGGCCAUCCUCUACUACCUGUGCCGCAAGUACAGCGCUCCAUCACACUGGUACCCGCCAGACCUGCACGUACGUGCCAGUGUGGAUGAGUUCAUGGCUUGGCAACACGCGGCCUUUCAGCUGCCCAUGAAGAAGAUAGUCUGGCUCAAGUUGCUGAUUCCAAAGAUAACAGGCGAGGAAGUUUCAGCUGAGAAGAUGGAACAUGCAGUGGAAGAGGUGAAGAACAGCCUGCGGCUCUUUGAGGCGUAUUUUCUGCAGGAUAAGAUGUUCCUCACCGGGGACCAAAUCUCACUGGCUGACUUGGUGGCCGUGGUGGAGAUGAUGCAGCCCAUGGCAGCCAACUAUAAUGUCUUCCUCAGCAGCUCCAAGCUAGCUGAGUGGCGCAUGCGGGUGGAGCUGAAUAUUGGUUCUGGCCUCUUUAAGGAGGCCCAUGAUCGACUAAUGCAGUUGGCCGACUGGGACUUUUCAACAUUGGAUCCAAUGGUCACACAGAAAAUCUGUGAGUUUCGGGAGAAGUACUUGUGA